AUGGAUGUGAUCCUUCUCCUGUGGUUGCAUGGACUUGGAAUCUGGGGCUUUGGAGAAGAAGUCUUGGAGAGUGGGCAAUGCAAGGAGAACCAUCACCCCACGACACGUGCCCACGCUGGUCCCAGGGCAUCCAAGGCACCAGGGCUGCUGCUGGCACCAUCACUGUCCCCAUGAGCACCCAAAGCCACUCCCUGGGCUGUGCCUUUUCUCCCGUUCACGCCAAGCAGGCUGCAGUUCCACUGGGAGCAGCCUGUUUGUCACCACUGUGACUGUCUCACCCCCUUGGAGAUGGCCACGCUGGCUCGGAGCAUUCUGGUGACGGGGUCCAACCGGGGCAUUGGGCUGGAGCUGGUGAGGCAGCUCGCCGCCAGCCCCCAACCCCCACAGCACAUCUUUGCUACCUGCCGUGAUGUCACUGGUCCGAGAGGGAAGGCCCUGCAAGAAUUAGCGGCCCGGCACCCCAACAUCAAGCUGAUCCAUCUAGACACGGUGGACUUGCCCAGCAUCCGUGGAGCCGUGCAGGCUGUGGAGACUCAUCUGCAGGGCCAGGGCUUGAACCUGCUCAUCAACAACGCUGGCGUCGGCUCGCAGGCCACGCUGCAGUCUGUGGAUGCACAGGAGAUGCUCGCUGCGUUUGCAGUCAACGUGGUGGGGCCCCUGCAGGUUGCCAAGGAAUUCCUACCGCUCUUGGAGAAGGCGGCGAAGGACGCGGGGACGGAGGGGCUGAGCUGCAGCAGGGCUGCCAUCAUCAAUGUGUCUUCCAAAGUGGGUUCCAUCGGGCUGUGUCUUGGGGUGCUGGAGGCCCCCAUGUACCCAUACCGUGCCAGCAAGGCUGCCCAGAACAUGGUGACCAGGUGCCUGGCUGCAGAGCUCAGGGACAAGGGGAUCUUGUGUGCAGCGAUCCAUCCUGGCUGGGUGAAGACCGACAUGGGGACGGAGCAGGCACCCAUGACAGUGGAGCGCAGCAUGCAGGGCAUUCUGGAGGUGCUGAGCAUCCUUUCACAGGAGACCUGUGGGGCCUUCCUUGACUGGGAAGGGAACCGCCUGCCCUGGUGA